AUGUCUGGCCUCCGCACCUCAGUCUUCCAAACGGCGCGCAUGCUACCAAGCUGCACAAGCCGAUUGCUGCAUCAGACGGCGGUGUGCAGGAUGCCGUAUAAGGACGAUAUGGACCGGGAGUCGCUGAAGCCCAAGGCGCACGAGUACACGCAGAGCGGGACGGACGACGAGGCGGCGUCGAAGCACGGCGACGCCGCCUUCAACCCGAACAAGACAUCGCCCGACAACGCGCGGGACACAGCGGCCCAGGGCGCGGCGCAGCAGAACAAGCAGAACCCGCUCGAGUCGAGCCCGGCCGACAAAGAAUUCGCCAAAGGCGGGAGCGCCCCGGCCGUGGAGGACCAGGCGAAGAGCGCACAGACGAAGAGGAGCGGUACUGGGAAUGCGCCCAAGGCGGGCAAGGUUAAUCACUGA